CCUGUGCGUCAUCGUAGGCAGAGUGGCAAAGGUGAAAGAUGUCUUAUUGACACUGAAGAAUAACAUUAGGAAUCGGGACUGGUGGACUGUAUCGUUCGACGUAUCAAUUUAGUUCAGCUAAAAUGCUAUAAUCUGUAGUCGAGAGGCCAAGAGUCCAGUAGCGAUGCACUAGAAUGAGUCAAAUCUAUCCACGUUCACUGCCUGUUUUAGCUGCCUCGGCGGUUAUCAUUUGGCUAGCUAGCUAAUCUUGCUAAGUAAGUUAGCGUAACAGUUAGUUCCCCGUCGACAAAGGGACAAAAGUUUAACUUGAAUGUGAAACUGCUUGCAGAAACAUCGAGAAGUUAAUUUUAACAAUGGUUUAAUGUUAUUUUUAAAUUAUAUCAUUUAAAGUUUGCGAAAGGACGAGGUCUUCGAUAAGAACAGGUAGCUAGCUAGUUAGCCAGCUUGCUAAUUUCUUGGCAACCCAACAGCAGCCGGUAUAUUUUCAUGUGAGCUCCGGGGUUUGUGCUGAUAUUUUAAUGGGAGGCGGGCUGCGUCGCGGCGAGGCUUGUGGGCGAUUGCUGCGAAGACGACGGAGGUGCCGACUUGCGGGUGGGCCUGAAUGGAGUCGCUGGCCGGGUACGUUUACAAGGCAGCUAGCGAGGGCCGAGUCCUGACACUGGCCGCCCUACUGCUUAACCACUCAACCGCCGAAACUCAUUAUUUGCUAAGCUAUGUUACCCAGCACGCCGGUCAGCGUUCAACUCCCCUCAUCAUCGCCGCUCGUAAUGGGCACGCCAAAGUUGUGAGGCUACUUCUCGAUCACUACCGAGUGGAGACCGAACAGACGGGUACCGUAAGAUUCGACGGGUAUGUGAUUGACGGAGCCACUGCCCUGUGGUGUGCGGCGGGGGCGGGGCACUUCGAGGUGGUCCGCCUCCUGGUGCUGCACAGCGCCAACGUGAACCACACCACGGUCACCAACUCCACCCCCCUGCGGGCCGCCUGCUUCGACGGCCGCCUGGACAUCGUGCGCUACCUGGUGGAGAACCGCGCCGACAUCGGCAUCGCCAACAAGUACGACAACACCUGCCUGAUGAUCGCCGCCUACAAGGGCCACGGCGACGUGGUGCGCUUCCUGCUGGAGCGGGGGGCCGACCCCAACGCCCGGGCCCACUGCGGGGCCACGGCCCUCCACUUCGCCGCGGAGGCCGGCCACCUGGACAUCGUGAAGGAGCUGGUGCGCGGCCGGGCCUCCAUGGCGGUCAACGGGAACGGCAUGACGCCGCUGAAGGUGGCGGCGGAGAGCUGCAAGGCGGACGUGGUGGAGCUGCUCCUGGCCCACGCCGACUGCGACCCGGCCAGCCGCGUGGAGGCCCUGGAGCUGCUGGGCGCCUCCUUCGCCAACGACCGCGAGAACUACGACAUUCUCAAGACCUACCACUACCUGUACCUGGCCAUGCUGGAGCGGCACCGCGACCCCGCCCACGUCAUCGCCAAGGAGGUGCUGGCGCCCGUGGAGGCGUACGGCGGGCGGUCGGAGUGCCGCACGCCGGCGGACCUGGAGGCCAUCCGGCAGGACCGCGACGCGCUGCACAUGGAGGGCCUCAUCGUGCGCGAGCGCGUCCUGGGCUCCGACAACAUCGACGUGUCGCACCCCAUCAUCUACCGCGGCGCCGUCUACGCCGACAACAUGGAGUUCGACCGCUGCAUCCGGCUGUGGCUGCACGCCCUGCGGCUGCGCCAGCGCGGCAACCGCAACACCCACAAGGACCUGCUGCGCUUCGCCCAGGUGUUCUCGCAGAUGGUGCACCUGAACGAGCCGGUGCGGGCGCGCGACGUGGAGCAGGUGCUGCGCUGCAGCGUGCUGGAGAUCGAGCGCAGCACCGCCCGCGUGGGCACCGCCCCCGAGCCCGACCUGCACUCGGCCACCGACAACUACGAGAGCAACCUCUUCACCUUCCUCUACCUGGUGUGCAUCAGCACCAAGACGCAGUGCGGCGAGGAGGAGCGCGCCCGCAUCAACAAGCAGAUCUACGACCUGAUCCAGCUGGACCCGCGCUCCCGCGAGGGAGCCUCGCUGCUGCACCUGGCCAUCAGCUCCAGCACGCCCGUGGACGACUUCCACACCAACGACGUGUGCAGCUUCCCCAACGCGCAGGUCACCAAGCUGCUGCUGGACUGCGGCGCCCGCGUCAACGCCGUGGACCACGAGGGCAACUCCCCGCUGCACGUCAUCGUGCAGUACAACCGGCCCAUCAGCGACUUCCUCACGCUGCACGCCAUCAUCAUCAGCCUGGUGGAGGCGGGCGCGCACACCGACAUGACCAACAAGCAGAACAAGACGCCGCUGGACAAGAGCACCACGGGCGUGUCGGAGAUCCUGCUGAAGACGCAGAUGAAGAUGAGCCUGAAGUGCCUGGCGGCGCGGGCCGUCCGGCACCACCACAUCACCUACCGCAACCAGAUCCCCAAAACCCUGGAGGAGUUUGUGGAGCUCCACUGACCACACGCAAACCAAACUGCUUUUUUUAAGAACACCUUUUUUCAAUGAAUUUGAAUGGUG